AUGGCUGGACUAGUACUGCGUAUGAAGAAACAUAUUCAAAAAUGUGUUCCAUCUGAAAAUUCUCAGCUGCCAAUGUCAACUAUCUAUGAUUCCGAAUCAAAUGAGGAUUUAACGCUAGAUGAGAUAUCCAAAGCCCAAAAAUAUUCAAGGGAUGCUUACCCAGAUAAUAAUACAGAGUCUAUGUCAGCGUCAGCGUCAGCAUUAACAAUCGCUGUUAUUGAUAGCGAUAGCACUUUAUGUAUAAAUGACAGUGACGUUGUGAUGACCCCAAAACGGCCAAAACCGUCUACUUCUAAAAGCAGCAUUUCAAGCUUUGUUAUUCGAACCAGCCAAUCAGAAAAGAAUGAGUUGGAUCUACAAAUAGCCCGAUGUUUAUAUGCAACAAACACAUCACUUCGUGCAGUUGAACAUCCCGAAUUUAAAAAGAUGAUAAAUGCAUUACGUCCUGGAUAUAAGCCACCAAAUAGGAAUUCUGUUUCAACCGACUUGCUUGAUAAGGUUCAUAAUUCAGUACAAACAACAAUUAAAGAAAAUUUAUGCAACAAGAAGGUUUGUUUAGCGCUUUACGGCUGGAGCAACGUUCAUAAUGAACCUAUAAUAAGCGUAUGUGUCACAGAUAUAGAAAGUGAACGGGUGCAUCUGAUAGAGUCCAUUGAUACGAGUGGGAAUAGUCACACUUCCGAGUAUUUAUUACAGCUACUUAAAAAUUCAAUUAUGAAAUGUGAAGAAUAUAAUUGUAAGGUAACUAGUAUAGUCACAGACAACGCUGCAAAUGUGACCAAAAUGAGAAGGGAUCUGUUUGAGGAAUUAGACAGGAAAGAUAUAAUAACUUAUAAGGAAUAA